AUGGCGACUUUGAAGUUCUUGGCAGAGGCCCCGAUCCAUGGCAGAGUUUUUGAGGCUCGUAUUAAGAAGAUUAUGCAAGCUGAUGAGGAUGUUGGGAAGAGUUCCAUGGCUUUGCCUCUUCUAGUCUGCACAAUCAAGGCCUUGAGAGGCUCAAUAAUGGAGGCUAAAACCCAGGAUUUAAAGGAACAAAUUCUACCUGGUAAAGCUGAAGAAGCGCCAAUUGGAAAUUUUGACUUGAAUGUGGUCUUGGAUGAGAAUGGGGACUUAGCAACUGUAGCUGCUGGCUCAGCCAUUUCAUCUCCUGAGCCCGUUCCGGAAAUGAAACAUGACGAAUACCAUCGCUGGUCCUUAUCUGACAUGGAAAAAAUGGCCAUUGAACCCAUUCAACUCGCCAGCUUAAGCAGAAAAAUAGAUGAGGAUGAGGAAGAUUAUGAUGAAGAGGGUUGA